CCAUGGAUGCGGCAGGUCCGGUGUCAGAGGAAUGAAUGACUCCCCGGUGGGAGUGACUCCCCGGUCAUUCCUGCCUAAGGUGUGGGUGACUCCCCCAGGAAUAAAUGACUCCCCUAUGCGCAUGUUUGUUCCGCCAAUGUUGCCAUCAAUGUAAGUAUAUAGUAGCAAGAGUACAUUCAUGCACUCCUCAUAGACAUAUAGUAGAGAAUGAAGAGCCAUGCAGGAUGAAGAGCAAGGUUAGUAGUAGCAUGCAAGGUAGCAAUGAAGCAAGUGUUCAUCCUGUAGUAGACAGCAAGUGACAGCUGGAAUGUAGACCUAUAAAUGUGUGAAGAGCAGAGUUGCAAGGUUAAUUGUUCUAUCCUGUAGUUGACAGCAAGUGACAGCUAGAUCUAUGGUAUAAAACCAGUGAUCGUUCACAGUCAUGUCAUUUGAAGAAGGCAGCAAGAAAUGGAGAAUUUACAAGAGAUUGAAAACUAUUUACGAAAAGGAGAAUACCCUCCUACUAUUAACAGCAAAACAGAGAAGGCAAACUUUAGAAGAAAAUGCAGGCAGAACUUUAAGUUUGAAAAUGGUAGCCUAUAUUACAAGAAGCACACCAAAGCUGCUGAUGCAGCUGACUGGAGGAUAUGUGUGCGCAGCAAUGAGGAGAAAUCAAGAAUCCUCGAAGAUUGCCAUGCAGGAACAGCUGGUGGCCACUUUGGAAGAGAUAGAACUAUAGACAAGAUAUGUUCUAGAUUCUACUGGAAGUCGAUGGUGGAGGAGAUUCGAGAGUAUGUAAAGAACUGCAGCCAGUGCCAGAGAAUGAACCCAGCAUUUGUAAAGACAAAUGCCAAACUCCAUCCGAUAUCUGUACAACCCAAAGUCUGGCAUCAGGUUGGCAUAGACUUGAUAGGACCUUUGCCGAUUACACCCAAUGGCAGCAAAUAUGUGGUAACAUUGGUCGAUUAUUUUAGCAAAUGGGCUGAAGCAGCCCCACUCCCUGACAAAACUGCAUUUGGAGUGGCAAUGUUCCUGUACAACUUGUUUUGUCGGUUUGGGUUUUGUGAGGUGCUGAUAUCGGACCAAGGCCGUGAGUUUGUUAAUCAGGUCAACACAGAGCUUUUUCGAUUCACUGGAACAGAGCACAGGGUCACUUCAGCUUACCACCCACAAACCAACGGGCUAACUGAACGUUUCAAUCAAACACUUCAAACAGCACUACUCAAAUAUGUGAAUGACUCACAGACCGACUGGGACUACCACUUGCCCGCUAUUCUCUUUGCUUAUAGGACGAGUAAGCAAAAGGCAACGAAGUAUUCACCUUUCGAGUUGAUGUUCUGUCGGAAACCUGUACUCCCUAUUCAACUGGAGUUAGGCAGCGAGGGUGAACUUGAGCAGAGCUGGGACAUUAGUGCCAUUAUGACCCAUGCUCGAGCUGUUACAAAGUUAAAGGAUGAUAUCCACAGCAAAGCCAAGAAGAACAUUGACAAUGCCCAAGAAAAGGACAAGAUGUACUAUGAUCGGAAGCAUGCAGACAAGAGGGUGUUUAAGACUGGGACUUUGGUCUGGCUGAGGAAUUCAGCCAGGGAAUGUAAGAAGGGAGACAAGCUGAAGCCUCGGUGGUUAGGCCCAUACACGGUGGUGGAGUGCUUGGACAAGGGAGUCUUUAAGAUUGCCAACCCUAAGACUGGAAAGACCUUAAAAAAGGCUGUUAACCAACAGCGGUUAAAGCAUUACCAUGGCUCAGACUCCGAAAAACCUAUCUUUGAUCAACAUAGUUCUCUCUCGGAUCCUUCCGAAUUAUCAGACAACCAUCACGAUGAAUCUCUCGAUCAGUUUAACCCUUCUUUGACGAGUACUCCUAUGAAAGACCCAAGCAAGCUGUGGGAAAAAAAUUGUGAUUUUCCCUCUUCUCACAAGCCAGACGCCCCCUCCUCUCACAAGCCAGCCGCUCCCUCCUCUCACAAGCCAGACGUCCCCUCCUCUCACAAGCCAGCCGCUCCCUCCUCUCACAAGCCAGACGUCCCCUCCUCUCACAAGCCAGCCGCUCCCUCCUCUCACAAGCCAGACGUCCCCUCCUCUCACAAGCCAGACGUCCCCUCCUCUCACAAGCCAGCCGCUCCCUCCUCUCACAAGCCAGACGUCCCCUCCUCUCACAAGCCAGCCGCUCCCUCCUCUCACAAGCCAGACGUCCCCUCCUCUCACAAGCCAGAUGCUCACUCCUCUCGCAAGCGAGACGCCCCCUUCUCUCAGGUUAAGACUGCAUCCUCUAUGGAGCCACCUUUGAAGAAGCAAAGGACUACUCAAUCUGUAACAAGAAAGAAUUCAAGUUACUGGGUGAAGGAUUUGGACCUGAGGACGGGAGACAAGGAUGUAGUUCUUGCUGAGAGCGGGAUGCUUUCUGACCGUCAUAUGUAUGCUGCGCACAAACUGAUGCGAAUGCAAUUUCCAAAUAUUGAAGGCUGUUAUUCUACUCUUCUGGUUCAGAAGAUGUCCUUUCCUGCAGUCACUAGUAGUGAAGCCACAGCCGUGCAGAUAUUCUUUGUAACAGAGAGGCAUCACUGGAUUGCGACAGCACUCAUCAAGGGGGAACUUUUCCUCUUUGAUAGCUGCUUCCAAUAUGGGAAAGACCUGGAGCCAAGUGCUGAGCUGCAAAUCGCACAGAUGUAUAAGCCUUUAAUAGCGCACAAUGGGCUGUUACUAUCUGUGGCCUCCAUUCAACAGCAGAGCAGUGGCAGUAACAACUGUGGUUUGUUUGCAAUUGCCGCUGCAUACCACGCAUUGCAAGGAGACAAUCUGGAUACCAUCACCCUAAAUGAAGACAAAAUGAGGCCACAUCUUGUGCGUUGCUUUGAAAAUGAGAAACUCAGAAGAUUUCCAAAGUCAAAAGAUGUUAGUAGCCGCAAGAGACCAGAAAGAUUUUCCAGCAUAGUAAUUACGAUAUACUGCCCUUGUCUCCGCCCUGACUGUUAUGAUGAAAUGGUCCAGUGCGACACAUGUACUGUGUGGUAUCAUUAUAAAUGUGUUCGUAUUAAAGUAUCUCCACUUGGAGAUUGGUUUUGUCCUACUUGUAGAUCUAGAUAGAAUUUUUUUAGCAUUUCGUUAUCUUCCACUAGCUGUUUUUGUUUAUACACUGUUAAUUUGCACUGUUGUUUUGUUUGUUUUUCAUGCACUGUAGAUCUAUUUGUUAUUUUGAUGGAUGUUGUUGUAUUAUAAGUUUUGCUUUACAGUGACCGUGAGACGUGUGAAAA